AUGACGGAGAUUGGCAAGCAUGACGCUCUUGUCCUGUUGACGCAGGCAGCAUUCAUUCCAAGGCUGUCAUACUUUUUACGUACCUCUCCUGGCCCGUCUCAACAAACGUCAGAUGAAUUCAACAACGAACUGCGCAUGGGUUUUCAGACUAUAUUUAAUGUGUUUUUUGAUGAUAAAGGUUGGAGGCAGGCUAUAUUGCCGGUAAAUAUGGGUGGACUGGGUUUGGGUGUCGUGGCCGAGUUGGCACCAUCAGCAUUUUUGUCAUCGGCUGCGGCCACGGCAGCCCUUCAGGAAAAGAUCUUACCAAUUGAUAAGAAAUGGAAUGAACCAUCUUUGAAUACUUCAAAAUCGAAACUGAAUGAAUUAAAUGAUUCUCCCUCAGAUAAAGCCAGGUUGAUGGCCGUUAGAAGUGAAUUGGGGUCUGCUUGGCUAAGAGCCAUUCCCAGUACAGCUUGUGGUACAAGGCUUGACAAUGGUUCUAUUAUAAAAGCAGAUAUACCCGCCGUUAAAGAACCAGCAGGCCUACUAUCUGAAAGCAAUUUCAGGCCAGAUGGUUACACCCUGGUACCGUGGUCCCAAGGUUGCUGUUUAUCAUGGGAUGUGACGUUCCCUCACACGUUAGCCGAAAGGUACAUCAAUUACACGGCUAUUGAGCAAGGUUCCGCUGCGGUGAAGGCUGCUGAUUUCAAGAAUACUAAGUAUAAAGAUCUAAACGACAAUACGAGAGUUUUCGUUCCGAUCUGUGUGGAGACAUUUGGCCCAGUUGAUAAACAGACACAAUUGUUUUUUGAUAACAUAGUAAUGACGAACGAAAAUUGUUGUAAAUGUGAUAAUGUUGUUGAGGAUGGAAUUUGCUGCCCAUGCUGCCAAAGUUUCGUACAUCCGAAAUGUGCUGGUUUCACCAAGGACUCGCUGUCAUUAUAUAAAAAAAUGAAAAACUUAAGGUGGUAUUGUGACAACUGCCUGGACUAUGUCGAUGAUGUUAAAGGGAUUUCCAAGUUGAUAAAUGAUAAACAUGUUGCAUUAGAUAUGGAAUUGAAGAAGAUUUCUGAAUCUGGUGACAUUUUAAAGAAUGACAUAGAGCAGUUGAGGAUCGCAGUCGAUAAUAGUAAGGGAAAAUUGGAUCAGGUUGCUAGUGUUGAUUCAUUGAAAAGUGAAAUUAAUGCUAAGUGGUCUGAGGUUGUUAAAAAAAAUUGUGAUGCUGUAUGUAGUGAAGUUAGAUCGAUACAAAAAACACUUAAUGUUGUAAAUGAAAAUAAAGAACGUGAAAACAAUAUCAUCAUUUUUAACCUUGCUGAAAGUGAAAAUAGUGUGAAAGAUAAAGAAAUUGUGAUGAAAAUCUUUCAAUCGCUGACUGAGGAGUCAAUUAAAAGCAGCGACGUUGUUAAAGUUUUUAGACAGGGCAAAAAAGAUGAGCAAAUUACCUCUCCACGCCCGAUAAUUGUUAAAUUUAACAACACGUCAUCAAAGGUACUUGUGAUGAAUAAACUGUUUAAAAUUAAAUUGCUUGACGAUAAAUUGAAAAGUAUUAGAAUAAGUCAUGAUAUGACCCGUGAACAACGAACUGAUUAUCGUAAACUGAUUGAUGAGGCUAAAAGUAGAGAGGCUGAUGAUGGGGAAGAUUUUUUAUACCGCGUCAGGGGUCCGGUGGGUCGCUGGAAGAUUGUGAGGUUUCUCAAAAAAGGAAGAUAA